AUGUUCUCCGCCAGUUCGCCGACAGUUCUCCGAAUGAUCUACAGUGUUUCUCCCUCGCGAAAGAAUGUUCUCGAAGCAGAGAAUGGAAAACCAGCGGACAACUGGCGGAGAAAAUUUUCUAGUUUGGAGAGCGAAAAAUGCAAAAAAGCGCCUAGCGGAGAACCAAUGGAGAACUGUCGGAGAAACUAUGGAAAACUUUCGGAUAACCGGCGGAGAACUCUCGGCGAACCGCCAGCCGUAGGCUGGAUCUCCGAAAGUUUUCCGCCGGUUCCCCAGCCCAUUUCUCUGAGUUAGUGUCCGGAAAUGAGAAAUGAAUAAUUUAUUUAGGCCACGUUUGGGAAAAAUGAAAAAAAAAUGAGAAAUGCAAAAUUAUUUGGGUCACGUAAGAGAUUUGAAAAAAAAACGUGGAUCAAAUUUUUUUUUUGAAAAUUUCGCAAAUUUUUUCCAACUAUUCUUGGAUUUUUCUGAAAAAAAAAUUUGGAAAAAGCAGGAAAUUUGAAAUAAAAUGGAAAGUGGAAAUAAAAGUUUAUGGAUUUGGUUUAUUAUUUUUUCAGAAAGUGUCAGGAGCAGAUUUUCUAUUUAAAUAAAAAAUCUUUUUUUUACAAAGUUUUGUGGAUUUUUUUAUGAAUUUAGAAUAUUUGUAAAUAAAAAGUUUGUUCUAGAAACGCUUUUCGUUUGAUACAAAUUAUGAUGAUUUUUGGGUCUCGGAGCGAUCUACAGUAAUCUGGAGAGUAUUCUAAUCAUUUUAAGACAAAAUACGGUAGUGUUUGGAGGCAAACUUUAUGAAAUAAGACUUGAUGAUCUCGAAACGAUCUACAGUAAUACUUCAAAAACGUUUCAUUUCCCAGAAAAAUCCAAUUCCCCCAUGUAACCCUUCUGAUUUCUCACAUUGUGCACAACUCAAGAUUUUUUGAACUUUUGUUUUCUAUAAAAAACCUUCACAAGUGCUUUAACUUUGUUCUCUCAUCGUUUCUCUAUUCGCAUGACACAAUAAAAACACAAACACUCUUGAACUCAUCGCAUUGUCAUUAAUAUCCAAAAUACCAAUCAAAAUCUUCAUGACAAUAUUAUCCAACUGCCAAUAAAACAUAUCUUUUGCUCACUUUUAUCUCUUCUCCCUUCAAUUUUCACUUGCUCACCAACACCGUCACAUGUCAUCAUCGUCUCAACAAAGACACAAGAAGAAGCUUCGAAAAAGAAGAACAGGCGGUGGUCGACACAUUUCCUUCAUUCAUUCAUUCAUUCAUCGCAUUUUAUACCCCUUCGUUUUAACACAAAUUAUAAGUAUUCUAGUUAUCAACUACCAAGUUGUUACCAAAUGUAUGACUCGAGAAAUGCUUGAAAGAAGUGCGCCGAUUGUUGUUGGUGGAAUUUCGGCGGCUGCAGCGGUUGUGGAUAAAAAUGGGGCGACAAAUGCGGCUGGAGGCGGCAAUGGGGGAGUGAGGAAGAAAUCGCAGGAUACGAGGACUUGCUGCAAUUUGUGCCAUAUUAAAUUUGGUUGGUAUUUUUUUUUGGAAAGGGUUUCUAGGCGACUCUGAAUAUUUUUUAUGGGAUUCUGGAGAAAUUAGGCUUCUAAAUUCUUUUGAAAUCUAAUGACGUUUGAAUUUAGGAAAACGGCUUUCUGAAAUUUUCAGGGAAAAAUCUGAAAAAAAUUCUGAUCUGUUUUUUCAAAGGAGCUGUAAUUUAGGCUAAGGUUAGAUAUAUAUUUCGACUGAAAUUCUAGAAUCCAAAACUAGAUGUGAAAAUCGAGAUCUGAAAUUUCCAAACUGAACAAAUUCGGACCUUUUUUAGAAUCACUGAAAAAUUUUCAUGUGAGAAUUUUUUGGACUAAAAAACAUCUCUAAAUUGUGUUCCUCAUUUUCUCGAGUCCCAAAAAUCUCAAAUCUUCCAGAGAAAUUCUAGAAUUUCUUCAGAACCCCGUGUGUUUUGAAGUGUCGUCUCUAAAAAUAAUCUCUGACUCACUGAUCUACCUAUUUUUGUUUACUUCCCAUAUGUUUUGUCUCAAAUUUCUUUUUCCCCAAAAUUCUAGCAAACUUCUCUAAAAUUUCAUGAUCCUUCUGAAAAAUCCUCCCUUCCCAACCACAUAAAAUCAGCGGGUUUAAUGAGUAUCAUCCUCAUCAAUUUGUGCUUAUCCCCCCCCCCCUUUCAUCCGCUGCAGUGUAACAAUUAGAUAGUGUGAUCCUGCAAAACUUUUUACAAGGUUUUUUGUUGUUAUCAGGUGCUGCAUUUCUGGGAUUUUUCGAAGCGCUUAUCGCCUUUUUUGUGCUACUUGGAGCGGGUCAACAGAUUAUUUGGAAAAACAAGUCAUCCACGUCAUGUGAUAGAGAGUUAGUCUAUCUAGAAUAUUUCCAAACCCUUUCAUUUUUUUGCAGCAUAUUCCGCGAUUGUCUAAUCUUCCAAUUCAAUCAUUUCAACGUCACUUUAAUCUUCGACUACAUCGUUGUUCUUAUGAUGGUCUUCAUCAUAUUUUCGGUGAUUUGUCUGUUUUGCGGAGUUUUCAGUGAUACUUCAUGCCUUAUUCUACCUCAUAUUGUUAUUCAAGCCAUAUUUCUAUUAUUUUCACUUGGCUAUUUCAUUUUGUACGCUUGGUCAUAUUUUUAUGGUGAUUUAGUGACGCAUAAACGACCAUUUCAACUUCAAUCGAUGUUUGAGAGAAUGUGGUUGGCUACACUCUUGUUGACCUUAGCUGGGCUACAAUCUUAUUUAUUUUCGUCGGUUAUCCGAUGUUCACUUUAUCUAGCAGUGAGUUUUUCCUUCCGAACUACAGUAGACUUUCCCAGAAGCCCAAUCAAAAAAAAGUAUUUUCCCAGGAUCUGGAAGAAAGUCGACGACGGCGAGAAUCAGCAUUCGAAAGAUGUUCAGAGCGUGUUCGAAUUGCUAAGGAAAACGGACUUUGGAGAACUACUAGUUGGGGUGGAGGAUUUCAACAAUAUAAAGGGCAAUAUGAUAAACCAAAGAAGGAAGUCAAGAAUAAAGGAUUUCAUGUGCAAUGGAAUACUGAUGUUGAGGCUGCCAAACCUAGGAAAGAAUCUAUUGAACUUGCUGCAAUUGAUACUGUUGAAGUUCCACCUCUUAGUCCGAUCCCGGAAGAUGAGGUCAAAGAAAUUGUGACGGUGAAAACUGUGAGGAAAGUCAGCACAUCUACUUCGAGAUCUGAAGAGAGACGAUCAUCAACACUUUCUUCAAAAGAUCAGAACCCAGGUAUUCGAGGAGCUUCUGAAUCUCCGAAGAAAGAAAAAGAGAAACCGAGAUCGGUGAAAAAGACAGCAUCUGAAGGGACAAGUCGAAUGGAAGAGGAGAUGAGAAGAAUGUCGAGGGAUUCGAUUGGCAAAUCACAUCAUCAUCAUCAUCACCAUCAUAUUAUUCAGCAGCAGACAAGUUCAAUCAAAGAUUCACCAAGUUCACCAAAACGGCAUGUGAAAUUAAAACCAUCAGAAAGUUCUAUGUAAGUUUUUUUAUUUAUACAAUUUUCUAAGCUGUAUCCCUGUAUGAACGAACACUUCUCGAAACAAAUGUUAGAUCAGCUUUUUCUCGAUGCCCUUCGUCAUAUUCUUGAUUCUCUUCUGCAAUAUGAUUUUUAACAAUAAGCUCAGAGAAAAAGUUGAAAACUCACUCAUAAUUACACAAAAAGCGCAACAACAAAAGAAACAUGAGCUUAGAAGAGCAAUAAGCAUACAAAUUGAAAUCACAAUUGGGAACCAUAAUUGAAAAUGAAUAUCGAUGCUGUAGUCUAUUUUAUCAAUAUUGAUAGUCAUGUUUGAAUAAAUAGAAAUGAGUGAAAAUUGAGGGCGGUGAGGAUUUUGAGGAAGAAAAAAAGACGUGAUGGCACAGAAAUUUUUUGGGGAUAGGGAAACUCAUUUUUAAAAUUUAUUUUGAUUGGUGAAUAUUUGAUGUAGGAAAUUAGAAAAUCAGAAUUUUUAUUUGAAAAAACUAGAGUCUCUUUACUCUGAAAUUAACACCAAAAACCCCCAAAAAACGGGGGAAAAAAUAAAAGUAAAACAACGACACUCCGCUUGCACAGACUGUUUGAAUGAGCGGAGUGUCCUCAGCAUCUCCUGGCGUACACUUUUGCGAACAAAAAGUGUAGCUACAUUGUUGUAUGACGCACGCUACAAACAUUGUACGCACAUCCUACAAAAAACUCUACAAAGAUCCUACACUUUUCCUUUUUUUUGAACGAAAACCGUACACCGAAUUUCGAAUCGAUUUUUUCUUUUUGCGCUGCGAUUUAGGAGAGAUUAAAACUAGAAAAUAUAACAAAUCAUUUAUGGAUCAAUAGACUUUUAGCACAUAAAAUAAAUAUAAUAACAAAAAUCUUCAAAACAUAAUAAAAAAAGUUAGAAAUAUAAUUUUUUCCGAAGAUUUUUUGAGAAUUUGUUGGUUGUUGAGGGUUGAGUGGUUGAAGUCGGGGUUGCGGGGUAGAAUUCGGGUUGUGGAGCAUGUGCAUAUUGUCGUUGAUAUUCAGGUGACUUUACUGCGAAUCUUCGGUCGAAAUUGUCCCGAUGUUAGCAUUGGGCGUAGGUGUAGGCGGAGCAUCAAGUGUCAACCUGAAAAAUAGGAUGAUUUUCAACAUCAUAAACAUCCCAAGUCCCAUUACAUUACUACUUAUCAUAAUUAUAAGAGGCGUCUCCACGAAAUGAUCUGCCAACUUCAGAUCACCUACGUUUUGACAGGCGAUUAGCCAGUAAGAUUCCGAAUUCUUAGUCUUCCUAGUAGUCUUCCUCACCUUUAAAAUCAUCUCCUCGAUGAACUCCAGUGAAGAUUCUCCUCCUUUUUUUCUGCCGUCAUGAUGCAAAUUCUAGGAGUUGUUGGUUUGAUGAUCUGAAAUUCAACAAAUCGCAAUCAAAUUCAGGUGUAAAAAGAAUAAUAACGAGAAUAAAAAGAAGGAAUGUUAUCGGUCAACUCUGAUUCGCAGUUUGGAUGAAUUUUCGAAAUUAUUUCAAGGUUUUUCUUGAAAAAACGAUAUUUUUUUGACGAAUAAGUUGUUUGAUAGCUUCAAUAAUUAUUUUCAACUUCUAGAAUCCACGCAGAUAUAAUUUUACUAUCAUGAUACCUGAUUUAUACGUUUAAAAAGAAUUUUAGGCCAAAAAGAAAAUAGAAAACAAAAAUAAAAUAAUAGCCGCAACGCAACAAGCUUGCAACGCGGUCCUACAAUGUAGCUACACUCGCGAAAAGUGGCAAGUGUACAAAAAGCGUAGAAAGAGUGUAGGGAAAGCGUACGUUAUCGUGCGCAUUUUGUACGCCACGAGAUGCUGAGUCGUUGUUUUAUUGCUACAAUAUUGCGCGUAGGAUUUGGUGUUCGUGUGCAAUCGGUGUUGACACGAAACUCUUUGAGAUUGAAUUUUCAGCAUAAAAUUCUGAAAAUCCGUAUUUUCAGGAGCGAAAAAUUUAGAUUCUAAAAAAAUUUUAGAAUCCAAAAACUAUUUUCUAAAGGCUACCCCCACAAAUCCCAAAUCCAUAUUUUUCCAGUGAACCCCGCUCCCAAUCCGCUCGAAGGCCCUCUCUUAAAAAGAACAAAAGUGUCGACAGCGGCGGAGAUCAAUUCGAUGAAGUCGUCGCAUUCUACAAAGAAAAACCCCACCGCCGACGAUCUUCUGAUCACGGACAUCACGGAAAAUCCAGUAAAUCACCCGACAAAAAGGAUAUUCCAAUUGUCAAAAAAGUUUCCAUCACCGCUUCAUCAGCACCGUUUGUCUGA